GAAGACCACUGGUCAGCUUUAUCAGAGAAGGGACUUCUACCUGACACUGUUGUCUGUCUGAAGGAUACACAAAAAGAUGUUUUAUACAGAUGCAUUAAAGUCAUGUAAUUGUGCUGCAGGAGCCUGUAUACUACGCAGAGCAUACCUAGCAAGUAGGAAUGAAAGUAAUUCUAAGGUUUUGGAAAGACCAACUGAUGAAGCAUUAGAAAGGAAAGAAGAUGAUGCAAGAGAAGGAAUGGAAGAAACACUGACAUCAGAGGAAGAUCAGUCUCCAGCUGCUGCUGAGGAGAAAGGUGACAAAAUCAUGCAACCUGUGUUUGCAGAGGAUGGUAUUCCAGAUACAGAAGAAAUGAAAACAAUUAAAGCGAAGAUUGACCUUUUCAUGAAGGAUUGGAAAAAAGUGGAAUCAGAAAUCAAGGAGUCAUCUCAAGUUCGGGUUGUUCUUUUAGAGAUUGCUGAGCAAACACCAGAAAGCCUGCUUAAUCAAACCGUGCAGGUUAUGGAAAAACCUUUUAAAUAUUAUGGCUGGGAAUUAUCUGUUGAAGACUUAGAGGAGGAAGCACAAGAUCUGGCUGCUGAAGAGGAAAAUGAGGAAGAAGAAGAUGAAGAGGAAGGUGAAGAAGAAGAAGAAGAAGAAGAAGGGGAAGGGGAAGAAGAGGAAGAAGAUGAAGAAACAAUUAAGCAAAAGAAAAGGCACAUGGGAGACACAAAACACUUUUGUCCAGUCAGUCUGAAAGAGAACUUUGUCCUCUACCCUGGACUCCAGGAACAUGCAGCUAAAUAUAAAGAAAAGAUUUAUUACUUUUCAACUUCUGAGAACAGAGAUAAAUUUUUGAAGAACCCUGAGGAGUAUGUGGCUCACAGUGAACCACUACAAGCUCCUCCUUUACGGGUGUGUUUACUUGGGAUUCAUGGAGCAGGUAAAAGUACUUGUGCACGACAGAUAGCAGACAAAUUAGGCAUUUUCCAUAUUCAAUUUGAAGAAUAUCUACAGGAAUUGAUUCUACCCAAAACUAAAAGGAAAGUUGGGCCCUCUCUUGAUGAAGAUAAUGAAGAUGACUAUAAAAUACCAGAGGAACUGGAAGACUUCUCCCAGACCAUAACUGAAACUGAAAAAGAAAAAACCAAACAGGAAGUGGAAUUAACUGAUGAGGAAGAGGCAAUCAAAGCAAAUCUAGUGUAUAAUAUGGAACUGCCUCCAGAAGUCCUUGAUAAGAUUGUUCCUGACUGGUGGAAGAAAGAGCCAUUCCGGUCCACAGGCUUUAUACUGGAUGGCUUCCCUCGUACUGUAGAUGAAGCCAGAUAUUUGUCGGAACAAGGACUCUAUCCUGAUGUUGCAGUUUAUAUUCAAGUAGAAGAAGAUGACAUUCUUGUCCGUCUUCUUCCUCCAUGUCUGAAAAAAUGGAAAGACAGACGGCGUAAAAAAAGGGAAUAUAAAAAAAAGUUGAAGGAACUAAAAGCAAAAAAAAGGAAUGAGAAGAUUGCCAGAAGAAGGGAAGAACUUUUAGCAGAGCAACAAAAAAAGAAGCAGGAGGCUUUAGCAAAUAAGGAUAAUGAUGAAGAUACUGAGGAGGAUGAGGAGGAUGAAGAUAUUGAAGCUAUACUUGCCGAAGAGUUUUUAGAAGAAGAAGAAGAUGAAGAACCAGAAGAGGAAGAAAAUGAACAAGAUGCUGUUGAGCGCAUGGAAAGUGAAAUUUCAGAGAAGUUUGAAUCAGAAGUAGAAAGGUUACAAAGUGUUCAGGAAGAACUUGAAAGGCUUUUAAUAACACGAGUUGAGAUCAAUGGAGGACGGAAGCCUCGUGUUGUGUGCUACCAAAUAUACAGCAAGCUGAAAUCUCUAGUGGAGAACCGGAGGAGCAUUUUUGAGAAAUGUUAUCCAAUAACUUUUCCACUUGCACAGAAGAUGCUAGUUUUCUCAUAUAAAUUACUAAGUUCUUUUGGUCAGUGGGAUCCAGUCAAGUUAAGCCAAGGAGAUGUGAUCAAGCCACAGCAAAGACAGGGAAGUGCAGUCUUUCCAGUAAUCCAUCGACAAUAUAUUUAUUUCUUUUCAAGUAAAGAAAAUAAAGAAGCAUUUAUGACAAAUCCCAUCAAAUAUAUUUGUCAGCCAAAACCUAAGCUAUCUAUGCCAGUAAAGAUUGCAAUUGUGGGACUUCCAAAAUCUGGAAAGACUACAGUUGCCCAGAGACUUGCGAGUGCUUAUGGAUUCCUGCACCUGUCCUUAGGAGAUGCCAUCCAGUUUGUGAUAAACAACCAGCCAGAGAGCCAGUUGGCACUUCAGGUACAGUCACACCUUCUCCAAGGACUCACCGUACCAGAUGAAUUGGCCAUCCAGGCUCUAGAUGUGGCUCUGCUAAAUCACGUGGAUAACAUCACUGGAGUUGUAAUUGAUGGAUAUCCUCUAACAAGAAACCACGUCAAUCUCUUGGAAUCAACAAAGAUAAUUCCAGUGAAAAUCUUUGAAUUAGCUAUGGAUACAAAGGAGGUGUUCAGAAGAGCGCUGUUGGAUAAGGAAAGCAGAAGCCGACCUUCCUAUCCUGAACAUGACAGCCCACAGAUUCUAGCUAUUAAAAAUUCCUGCUAUAAACAGCACAUUAAUGAUAUUAGAACUUACUAUAUGAAGGAACAUCAGAACUGGUGUGUGAUUGAUGCCAAUCAUAGUAAAUGGAAGGUCUGGAACACCAUUCUGCAGGAAGUUCAGGCAGUUGUUAAAAAAAUCCAGAUAUACCUGGAAAGAAGAAAAGAAGGCAAAGCAGCCAGCAUUGCUGAUUUAUGUAUCACUCCUAAGGAACUGCAGAAUCAUUUGGGGGAGUGUGGACAGUACUGUCCUGUCAGUCUUGCAGAGAAAGGGGAACUGAUUGACUGCUCUGUAACUCCCUCACUGGAGUUUGCUGCAGAAUUUCAAGGGUGCUAUUACAGAAUGGCUUCACAGGAAGAACUGGAAAAAUUCUUGAGCAGACCAGAGGUUUAUGUAUCAUCGCUGGCAUCUCACCCUCUCCCACCCCUACAUAUGCUACCAAAGAAACUGACUGCAACAGAAGUGAAGGACUUACUCCCUGUAAAGGCUGAAAUGCAGGGAUACUGUCCAGUCACUUACCUAGAUGGAAAACAGAGAUAUGAAGCUUUGGUGCCUGGCAACAUCGAGUAUGCAGCAAAAUACCAAGAAAAAGUAUACAUUUUUGAAAGUGAAGAAAAACUUCAGAAGUUUAUGAGGUUACCAGAGAAGUACUGGAAUCUGAAGCUUCCCCAUAAACUCCCUCCAAAAAAAGAGCCAAUGCUACUAACUACACUUCCUUUGCCUGGAUACCUUGAACAGGGACUAGCAACUUCUCUAAUAAAAGCUCUGCAUGAAGUCGGCAGUCUUAAGCCAAAGUUUCCAUUCCUAAGUGUGAAAGAAACUGCUCUACUUUUUGUCUCCUUCCAUCUAAAAGCACACAACCCCCUGAGCUCGGAGCCAGUGCGGCAGAUGUACAGGAAGAAGCUGUUGCAGUUCGUGGAGCACUGCCAACUCAUCCCCUACCUGGGGACUGUCAUGAAGGGCCCAUAUAAGGAGCCAAGAGAUCGGCCCCUUGGCUUUGAUGACAGGCUGCAGACUUUCCUUUCCCUGAAAGGCACCCGCCCCACUUCUGUGUGAACCCUGUAUUUCCACUGAUUAACACAUGGAGUGUUGCCAUCAGGCACCACCAUGACUGCAACAUGGCCUGUGAACAUCACACGUUCUCGGGCCAGUUUUUUAACCAUGAAAUCUUAGAAAUAAAAUAUAUUGUCUGAA